AAAGAAAGAAUGGAGUCACAACACAACAUGGAUCCACCGCUCUGCGCUAAUGGCUGCGGCUUCUAUGGAUCAGUACAGAAUCUGAAUUUAUGCUCCAAGUGUUAUAAAGAAUACCAAAAGCAAGAACAUGCAAUAAAAGUGGUGACUUCCUCCAUAUCCCAGCCUUCUUUGGCAGCUGAAACUGUUGUAGAUUCAAGUAUUGAUGAAGCUGCUUCAACAAGCACGAAGAAUCGGUGCACUAGCUGCAACAAGAGGCUAGGAUUAAUGGGGUUCAACUGCCGUUGUGGGAAUGUGUAUUGCAGGUCGCAUAGAUACCCUGAAGCCCAUGCAUGUACAGUCGAUUAUAAAGGACUUGGCCGUCAGCUUUUAAUCAAGCAAAAUCCACUUCUCAAGGCUGAUAAAUUGCAAGACAGGAUCUAGUUGCAGCAUAUGAAUUUAAAGAAGAAA